UCGUAGGGUGGUGUUGUGAUUACAAGAGCAUUUUUAAAAUUCAGUAAAUUUCAAACCAUAAUAAUUAUAAUGACCUAUUAGUUCAACAUAUUAUAUCCACGAUAGUGUAAUCAAUAGUUAUUUGAAAGUUAUACAUUUUCAAAGUGAUAAUAAGGAAUAUUGCAGGUGAAGAUGUCUAUAGGAUGGGGCGAGUUGCCUCAUCUUCCACUGAGGUGUGUGCUCGAUCACCUCAGCACGAAAGACGCCCUUGCAGCAACCUCCACGUGCAAACAUUGGAGGUCUGCUCUUUUCAUGUAUGAAGGACACAAAGAGACUCUAAAACUUCGAGUGGAUGAUCUGGAGAAGAGCAUAUUUGUCACCCGCUUGUUCAAAAAGCACACGAAAAGGAUCCAUGUCUACAUCAACACCACUGGCCCGGAGUUUCAAUCCUUUAAGAACUAUGUCCUGCCACAGUUAUUCGAUACACGAACGCUAACCGAGCUUGUCUUCAUUGGCCCGAAUUAUUUGCAUGAGAAUAGAAAUUUCCCCUCUGCAAAACUGGACAGAAUAAUGAUGGAGAGUUUAAUAUUGAAGCACAAACAAAGCCUUCAGAUUCUGAACCUGAUGGGGUGUAGACUGCGGUCGACUAGGAACUUCAGCGAUGAUUUCAGCCACGAACCUGUGGAGUAUUGUUCUGACAGAGUGUCGUUCAACAGUGUGCCCUCGCCGGCUGAUGCAGUACUGUCCAGUGCCAACGUCAAUCUCAUGAUCACAUCCUCGCUGCGGCACGUGGCGUUUGAAUAUGAAACUAUUCGCAUGGCCGCACUCCAAACUCUGCUGGAACUGCCGCACCUCGACAGCAUAGCUCUGACCAUCGGCCCCAAGAACAACAAGGCUCUACAAAGGCUGGACUGGUGCAAGGAACUGAACCACCUAAAUGUUUCUGUUAAUAUUAUUGGGGUUCGCAAAGGGAGAUUCGAAGAAAUAAUAGAAAAUGUACUGGUGCAGGGACUGAGGCUGACUUCGCUGAAGGUCAUGUUCUGCCAAACUUUGUUCGGCCCGCUGGUAGACCACGUGAUAAACAGUUACAGCUCGACACUGAAAGAGUUUGUUUGGGCCGACGCGCCUUGCGAUACCUUCGAGCCAAAGAACAGAACGGUCAAACCAUCACUCGAUACUGAGUAUGGAAUGUGUCACGUGAAUCCAUUGAUCCUGAUGUGCUGGCAGUGUGGGAAUUUGAGGAGGCUCGUGAUACACGGCUACUGGGUUUGGCAGUAUGAUGUUGUUGGAUUUGUCCGUCUUCGUACCACAUUGAUGGAGAUGGAAAUAUCAGCAAUCCUCCAUCAAGAGAAUCAAAACCAGGUCAAGGAAGGCAAGGAUUGUGUCUCCAGAGUGUUCGGAUCCGAUCACGUCAAACCAAUACGACCACAAUUGGUCAAGCAAAUCAACGAGUUCACCACGUUUGAUUGGUCGCCAUGCGUGUGGAAGGAACUGCAUCCAGCGCUGCGGAUGUACGCAACGAGCGAACAACGGGCCGACUACAUAGUCACCGAAGUCAACCGAGCUCUCUAAGAAUUUAUUGAAAUUUCAAGAAUAGCGACUGAAACUUGGCGUCCCUCUAUCGACGCAGCACUGGUAAAGUGAACAGCUUGCUUUUAUAAACCAUCACGAGAAAACCAUAUUUACACCGUUUGCUAUGUACUCACGCAUACCAAUAUGGAAUACAUCUAUGUUUUAAUUUGCAGAAUCGUACAUAUAUAAACUGAAUUUGUAAAGAAAUAAAAGAACGAAUAUAUGUAAAAAAAUCAUAUCUCAUGAAGCUAAUUAUAAAGAAGACCAUAUUGUAAACACAAUGAGUUCAAAAAUAGAACAUCUUGAAACUAUUAAUUUAGAAAAUAUUCCAUUUAAUGAUUAAUAUUCGUAUUAUUUAGAAUAUAAUAUGUAAAAGUAUUAAUUCGAAAUUAUUGUCGUAUGUUGAGUUCGUCUGAAGUUGAUAAAAUUGUAGAUACCAAUUUGCUACGAAUUAUUUAUCGAUAGAAACGUAGCGACCUUGUGUUUGAUUACAGCUAUGUACCACAGAACAAUGCUUUAGAAUAUAAGCGACGCUCGCUAUACAGUUUGCGAUAGCUAAAUGACAGUCGCUAUUCCGAAACGAUGUUAUUUAUCAACUAUCGGCGAACAGUCUAUUUUCAAUCACGAUUGAACCUCUUUGAAUCUCAGUAUAGCGAAUCAUGAACUCGCAUAAAAAUAUAGGCCUUAGAAUACUAAUAGGCACAUGUAACACGGAGUAAUGCAGCAUCUCGCGAAAUUUCGCGGCGGAAAUAUGCCGAAGCGUCUAGUUUAUGCAUAUGCUUGCCAAAGUAAUAUGUUAUGUAAUGAUAUUAUUGUGCUUCACACAUUUUUAUAAACAAAAUAUAUAGAAAGUAUAGAAUAUAAUUUGGUACUUCUAAUUUGGUCAAACGUAAUUGUGCGAAUUUCGCGUCGGUUUCGUAAGAUGUUUCGCUGGACACACGCACUAAGAUUCUGUGUGUUACCGCGUAAUGUUUAGGUGUAAUCAUUUGACGUAAUUUAAAAUAAUUAUAAAGUGUUAUCAUCAGUAUAGUUAAUUUUAUCUCAAUUAAUAACUAUAUCAAAUUUAAGUAUGUAUAGUAAAAUAUUUCUCAUUAUUGUUGUAAGUUGAAUGUAACCAGUACUAACUGAAAAAGACGCGGACGUAUGACGUCUCAAAUAGUGAUUGCCUAAAUUAAAAAAAACCGAAUUGAAAGUCUCAGAUUGGUCAAUAUCUUGAUACGUUUUUUUUUUGGGUUAAAAUAAUGUAGGAUAAAAUAUUAUCGUUAGUAAGAACGACGUUGGUGUGGGGUUUUUGAAUAUCGAAGCUCAGCAUUUUUUUAAAUAAUCUCAAAUUGUUGGAGUAUUAGGUUACCAAUAUGUUUAAAUACCAAUACUUUGAGGCCUAAAUCUCGAAUGAAAUAUUCGGAGUUAAUUUUAUAAACAUAACAUAACAUAAACAAUUCAAAGUUCCUCAUUAACGGAUGUCUCGUUUCCGACAUGUUUAUAUAUCUAUUUAAAUUUAAAAUGAUAUUUUAAACGCACGUAGCAUUGCUUAAUAUUUUUACAUAUUUUUCACGCUACAUUUCAAAUCGGUCUAAGCAAUGUUUAAGUCGUUUUGUGUUUUCAAUAAAUUUUUAAAGCAACGUUUUGAAUAUUUUUUUCAUAAUAGGAUUUUAAAUCACUUUUUUAACGUCAAAAACUACGAAAUUUUGCUCAGAUUCGAUACAUACUCAGAUUGUAUUGUGGUUCUGAUGUAUAAUGUGAGUCAGUAAGCUCCAAUUGUCAGUGCUUAGAAACAAGUUGGUCUUUUGUGCAUGAAAUGCACAAAAUUAUUUAUUACUACAACUAUUUGUUCCAGCCAACUUGUGAUUCGCAGAAGCCUCCUUCAGUCCUUAUAGGAUUCUCGGAGUGAAUGGGUGCCGAUAGGUAUGUUUUCCCGGUAUGCAUCCUGGCACACAUCUUACAUCAAAGUGACGAGCGCAAUGGUGAUGCCGCUCAAAAUUUUGGUUUUUUAAGAAUCCUAAGCGGCACUGCAUCGUGAAGGACAGGGCGUAUCACUUACCAUCAAGUGAACGUAUUGCUCGUCGCAUCACUUUUUCACUUUCAAAUCAAAUGACUUCAAUGGUGUUUUGCAGGUCUUAUCUCUCUCUUUACGAAAUAUUUACCUAGUGAUGCCUUACUACCAGGACAUUCAUUCGGUUUCCAUAAUCAACAAAUUGUUCUUCCUAGUUUUCUCCUACUUCAGUUGGAGCCUACUCUUCCUAUCUCACGGCAACAAGAUGUUAUAUUGAGUGUAUCGGAUUCAGGUAGUAAGUACCUCCAUAUCAGGAAACUUCUUCAAAGUAUAAAGUAUGGUGGACAAAUAUGCCAUUAUAUCAUAGGAGGUCUUUCUUGGCAUCAUCAGAAGUAAUGUAGAAGACCAAAGGACGAAAGCGUUGCUUAGACCUUUCACGUUGUUAAGCUUUAAAAGUAAACAAAUCGCCUUAACAAGCAGUCCCUUUAGAUAGAAAAAAAAAAUGAUUCCACUAAUCGAUUUUCAAAUGUCGACAACUUGAAUAACGAUUUAUAAACAGGGUGACCGUAUUGUGAAUAAUCAUUUGUUAUCGAGCGUUUCCACUGGAGAAAUUGUAUUAAAUUGGUAUUUUUAUUCCGUGUUUAUAAUCAUCAUAGGUAACAGAAACAUUUUUAUGUCAUUACUGCUGAGACAUUAUUGUUACUUUAUGAUGUAAGUACAUGGCGAUCAUAUAUGAUAUAUAUGAUAAAUAAAUAUCAGUCAAUACUUAGUAAACCCGAAGUUAAGUUAUGAAUUACGCAAUGCGUGGACUAAGCGCGGCUUAGUAGCUAUUCGCGUGACGCGGAAGUAAGAAGCGGUCCAUACGGACCUGUCGGUGCUUGCGCUUAACUAACGACGAGAGUCACAAUCAUAGGGAUAUUUGUUCAAAAAUUAGGUAGGUACUUAAAUUUAUUACAUAAUUAGAAACGAGUACCGAGUACUCUCCUUAAAUAAUGUGUGUCAGAGAGUCAGUCGUACAUACUGCAUAACAUUUAUUAUAUAUAUAUAUAUAUAUAUAUAUAUAUAUAUAUAUAUAUACCUUAAAACUAUUUAUUUUUACCAUCUGCCAUCAUUUUGUGAACAAAAUUUUUUAGGUCGCCACAUAAACUUUUUAUAAUCUUUACUAAUUUAACUUGAUUACGUAUAUAUAUAAUAUAAUAGCGCCUUGUAUCUCAAUCAAUAAAAACACAUUUUCCUAAAAAUUACCUAAUUAAUAUUCAUCCAAGAAAAUAUAAUGUUAUUAUGUUAAAAUGACACAGAGUAUAAAAAGUAGUAAAAUGCGCUAGUGAAACAUUCGUUGUGUCUGGAAUUAUUUUUAAUUAUCCUCUCCAUUUUAAUCGCGUACUCUACGUACGUAUGUCGUAUCAUAUCAUCUCCUAAAAUGGACUGUAUCAGAGCGUCAUAAAAUCUUUGGCAUUUGUAAUAAUUUCUGUUACCUGUGGUGUAUUGUAACAUAAUCGCCACUAAGCGAACUUUCGUCCAGUUGAAGCGUUUGUUGCACUUCGAUCAAAAGUUCUACUGGAUUUGUGUUUUCAAAAUAUCGGAACGGCGCACAUUCCUAUUUCUUAAAUUUAUAAUCUGCUUCCGGUCAGUGGACUCGGCGAGAGGACGAAAUAUUUUUCACAUGUGACAUCACUUUACAAAGAGAUGACACUAAUAUCAAGCAGUUUGAGAUGUCAGGUAUUACGGUCUUUUAUCAAAACAGUACUGUCAUAAACAUUUAAAAAAAUGUCAUCUAUUUUCGGCCCCUGGGAGUCCACUUAGUUUAAGUCCAGUAAAAUUAUUGAUCGAAGCAUCUAUAGCGUGUACAUUAAUACCGAGAAACGCCGAAUGAUAUGUUUCCUGGCAACAUCUCUCGUCACGAAUUUAUCGCGUAGUCGUUAAUAUCUUAGAAACGGUUAGGAAAUACGCGCGCUGAAACCCAAUCGCACAGUUAAUAUGUUCCGAAAUACCAAUGCGAUUAUACCGUCUGUCUUGUCUGUAUACAAUUCUGUAGAUAAAAUUGUAAAUUAUCACAAAUAAGAAAACGGCUGCCGAUGUAAUCAUUGAAGCACAGAAAUUCUGCGACCGCCAUCAAAUGCGCUCAUCACAGUUUACCUAGAAUUUUACGUCUUAAUUUACUCGUACAAAUUCAAAAGAGGAAUAUAAGUAUGCCACAGGCUGAUAAGAGAAGGGUAUACAAUCAAUAACCUAAUAAUAUUUAAUUUUAGUUAGUCCAUGAAAUAGCUAUAUUAAAAAAAUAUAUAUCAAAAUUAAAACUAUAUCGCAAUAUAGAAAUUCACUCACCAAUCACACUUCGAUAACUGAUAAGUUUUUAUACUUUAUAAAUAAAGACUUUUGUUAAUUACUUAAAAAUUUUAAUACACGAGUACUUAGAUGAUUAAAUAAUUUGAUAUACUUUGUCUAACAAAAAGACAAAUUGAAAUGUUUUAAAAUUGCGUUGCUUUAUUUAACUUCGAACAUUAGGGUUAAGUUCCAUACAGAUAAAGUCCUUAUAAAAUUAUAUUUUAAAUAGUAAGUAAAUUAUGUAAAUAAUAGUAGAACAACUAUGUACCUGAAUGAGCAACGGAAGUAUUGAUUAUUAUUUACUGACAUUGUUACGUGUCUAUCAUCAAAAUGGCUAAUGAUUUUAUUUGAUAAGUGCAUACAAUUACUAUUAAUUUGUUAUGUGAGAUAAAGAAGUCUCAUAAUAUGUGAUAUUUUCUAACAACUUUAAACCAUUCGUGAAUGGGCAAAACUUAUUUAUGACAAGACAGAUGGUCCUUAUAUUUGAUUGAUAUCAGCUGUGACGGAAAUAUUGCGAAGCUGUUAUUGGUCGAAUAUAAAAUUUGUAAAUAUCAAAACUUCGGCGUCGCAGUAUUUGACUUAGAACAUCUAGUCAUAUAACAACAAAUAGAUACAUACCGUAGGUCCAUUUUGGUAAUGUCUAGGUAUGCUUUAUCAAUCAAAAGUACUAUCUACCUAUAAUAUGUGAUACAUACUUAUCAAAUCAAAAAUAUAGGCUACGUGCAUUUCUAUUUCCGAUUAUGAUGUCAUUUAAACGAAAUGGACCUUCAGUACAUAUCUAUUAUGUGAAAGGGGUAUGUAAAUAUAAAGGCGUAGGCCCACCAAUCCAGAUCGUAUAUGCACAAACACUAACCAAGUAUUACAAAUACAUAUUAAUUUAUAUCAACAUGGUAGCUUUAAGAUGUAAAACUCGCGGCUGUAUAAGAUACAGUUUGAUUAACGUCGUGCCACAUCCCAAUCUAGUUGAUCCAACUACAUUUAGGUUAUAUGAAACUUGAACAAACGUUUUGGAAUAUAUAUUCGAGACAAUCGAUAUUGGAAUCGAAUGACGCGCCUUGUCAAAACCGUAAAGAGAACUCCGUCCCCAAACUACUUAACAUGUCGCUUUGAAGUAUCAAUUCUAUAAGAAAUACAGGUGCUUGAAUACGAAAAUGCAUAGAACUAUAACGCACAAAAUGUGAUUGUUUGAUACCCGAAAUCGCCUUUCAAAUAUAGUUCAAAUGACGGUAGACAGAGGAAAUCUUCGAUUAUACUCUUGUAUCGAUAAACGAUUUAUAUUUUAGCUUAGAAGAUAAUGUAAAUAAUGCUUACAUAGUUAGUACUAAGUACCUUUACUUUAGAUCUUCACCUAUAUAGAAACAAAUAUUAAUUUCAUUUGAAUAUUUUUUAUGGAAUUUAUAAACGUUCAAUGUGAAGAACAUAUUAUAAGGCAACGAAGAGACUUACCAACAGACAUUCCCUGAGACUGAAACUAAUAGAGAGGCUAAGAUCUAAACAAUUAUUGUUAUCAACUACGACGCAGUUACCUGUUCCAAUUCAAACGCUUCGUGUAUUAUUUGUUAUCUGGAGUCUGAAGCCAAUCAAAAAUUUGAAAUUACAAUUUGACAUAUCAUCUGUUGAAAAUUUGAUAUAUAUUUUAAUAAAGGCCUAAGACUUAGUUUGGUGUCGUGCAAGACCUUACCAAAGAGGAUGUAAAAACUACGUAAUAAGAGGCGGGACUUCCCAAGCAAAAAUUAAAUUUAGUUUAGUAUGAAACGUGCAGUGAGAUUUGACAUAAGUUUGAAAUAGUAAUUACAAAAUGGCGAUGAGGUAUAAUCCGGCUAAGUUUGAAAGUGAAAAGUUGCAACGUAGUGGAUUUCGGCUACCUCCUUAUUUUACAAGAUUAUAGCCGGCAUCUAUCAAUCACUGCACGUUUCAUACAACCGCUUCUUUCUUAGAGAGUUUAUACCUUACAUUUCCCUGAGAUUUCGUCAAGGGGAGAUAUAUAUUUAUGUUAUCAAUUUCUGUACGGCAUUUAUAGGUUUGUACUAUGGACGAUUUGUUGUCAUUUUGUCUCUAAGAUUAUUAUCACUAUGUCUAAAAGCAUUUAGAUUUUUUGACAAUAAGAACAUCGUAGCUGCGUCAAAUUUAAAAUUUUAAUUGUAUAAAACAUCUUAAUUAUUGUUAUAAACAGUCACACUGUCAUCUUUCCAUUCCUGCCUUUUUCAUUCUAAGUCUCUGUUCUGUUAUUGAUUACAGCUUUAAAUGAAUAUUGAAACCGUAGUUAUAAAAAAAUCUCCAUAAAAAUGUGAUAAUGUCGGGUACCAAAGAGAGCAUAAAAAAAUAGAACAGAGAAACUUUUACCACCAAGACUUCAAUGAGGCUGUGAAACAACGUGAAUUCGGUUUGGCUCUAGGGAUAUUACAAUAAAUAAGUUAACUUGCACAAUAUAAAAUUUAAAAUAUCGAUGAAUUAUAUUUUUAUACCGACGAAAGUUUUUUUUUAAGCAGAUUGACUAAAGUGUCAAACGAAUGAAAUUUCCGCCAUAUUUGUUACCUGAUGACGUAAGAAAGUCGUCGAACUAGUCUAUUGCUCAAGAGAUAGAUAAAGUAUGUCAUGUGCAUUUAUUGACACAUGUUUUUAUCUCACACACAGUUCCAUAUUUAAUAAAGGUUUAAUUAAACUUUUGUUCAAUAGUAAUUUUAUUUUAUUUUUAAAUUUGUAAUAGGAAGUAGUGUGUCGUAUGAUGAGAUGAGGUACUUACCAAUAUUUUUAUUUUCGUUUUUAUAAUAAUUUCUAUAUAAAAAUAUAAGAAUUUCAUGUAAAAAUCCGGCAGUGUUUGGAAACUGUGUGUGAGAUGUGUAUGAAGUUCCGCUAAACCGAAUACCUUAGAUUAAGACCAAUUGUGUUGUACUUAUCCAUCUAUAUUUAUAUUAAAAGGGAAUGUGGAGAGCUAUGAGAAUUAAGAGUGUUUAACAACUGUUAUCUAUGUGUGUCUUUGUCUAUGGUCCACUUUAUUAUCUAUGCUUUACAGAUUAUAAUCGUUGCCGAGGGUGGGCCAUUGAGAGAUGUUUAUUGUUGUAAGAUCACGAUGUGUAUUCGAAUGUUUUUGAAAUUGUUAUCGAUUUUAAUUUUUGAUUUUUGUGUUUAACUGCCGUCGCGUUCCUUUUUACGUGUAAUUUGGUAUUUAGUAGAUUUAUAUUAAUAUUAAUUACUAAUUGUUUAUGUACCUUGCCUUGGCAUCGAUUCAAUAGCUAUUUAUUAAAUAUAUCCUAUAUAUUAAAUGUUGUUUCCCAUUUAAUCUUAUAAUAUAACUUAUAAUUAAAUGUAGAAAUAUUAAUGAAUAGAGUUUACAGUAUAUAUCGUACAGCAUAUUACUACUUCGACAUUUUACUUUCAGAAUAAUUUUAUUUUAAAUUACUCACCAUUGAGACAACUUUUGAAGGACCGGGAAAAAGCAUCUUUUUAAUCUUUACUGAUUUAUUCGAGAGAAAGUUGAAGAAUUAUGUCCUUUACAAAAAAUUGUAAUAAAAGGAUACCUAAAUUAUGUUAUUGCUACAUACUCUCGGUCUAUUGAUAUGUUUAUAUGAUCUAUAAAGACCUACAAUAUCAUAUUUUAAAAUCAUUAUUUUUAGAAGUCAAAAUGAUUUCGUUUAUCCGGAAACAGGUUAUGUAGGAGCUCUUAUUGGCAUUAUUGGCAAAUAAAGUCAUAUUAUUAUUGGUCAAAUAAAAUUUACCAUAAUAUUACAUUAUAUUUGUUUUUAUUUUUUUUUUAAUUUGUUUGACUUUAGAUUAGAACCAAAUAUGUACCAUAGAAUCGGAAUUCCUCCGGACCUCCGAUUAAGUAAUUUUGAGGAAUAUCUCUUUUUUUAUUUGAUCCGGAUAACCGGAAUUCAACUGUAAACUCUUUAUUUUAAUUUUAUUUUAUAAUUCAAGUAUAAGGGUAUUUAUUUGCGUAAAUGUAUAUCUAAUAACAACCAAUGAAUGAUAAAUUAAUCGCACCCGAGUCCUUUUUUCUAAUUAUUAUUUUCUACUUUAAAACCCGAUCGAUGUAAUUCCUUCUAAAUAUAAGUACAUUUACGCAAAUAACUGCAAAACAAUUUCCAAUCAUAUAUUAAGUCAUAAAUCUGAUUUAAUUAUACUUUCAUCUAUUUUUAAAAUGUAUCAAACAUUUUUGAAACGUAUUUGAUUAUAGUUGCUAAUAAUAUUUACCAUUAGCGUAGAUGUGACGUAAUUUGGCAUUUGACAUGACCUUUUUUCGUAAUUAGGCUAAGUAAAUUUAAAUUUGCGGUUUAAUCCUUCAACAUGUAAUUAAACGAAAUAUCAUCCAAUAAAAUCCAUUAAAAUUAAAUUAGAAAAAAAAACGUCAAAUUUGUUAUUCAUAUCAAAAAUAGAAAAUCUCUUUCUACCAUAUUCUCCGGAAAAAUAAUAAUGAAGUUAAUAUAGAAUAUUUCCCAAUCGCCGAAAGUAAAACAAAAUACAUAGUUACAUGUUGAUUGAACUGUCUUGAAGUUAUUUUAUUCGUUUAUAAAUAUUCAGAUGUUAUAAAUUAAGUAAUCUCCCAACGCCAUGACAUUGCUGUCAAGCUGUGAACAUUUUCAAAUAUAGAUAUUUAGAUAAUUUAUACGUCUAGAUAGAGCCUCCCGCUGUUAAGCAACGCUUGAAAACAGGCUAGGUUUAUUACUGUAGUGUGCAUGCACGAGCUACGUCUUACACUCGCGAUAUGUAUGACAAAGUAAAACAAAUGUUUUAGUGUGCGUGAGCUGCUGAAAAUAGUGAUAUCUAGACUUAUAAACUAUCUAAUUGUAGUUUUAUAUUUUAACAGGUAAUCUUGUUGUAGAAAUUAAUUAAAUUUCGUUUAUUUGAUGUUUAAAACAACAUUAUUAAAUAAAUACUUCUUGAUCCGAUUUUCAGUUUGCCGUAUUUAAUUUAACACAAACUCAAAAAACUAUAUUUAUAUCGGUUUAUGUGUCAAAACAUCUAGAACGCAACAAAUAAGAUAAUAAAAUACUUGAAAAUACACUGGCUUGCAAUUUUCAUGUUGUGUUAUAAAAAUAAAGUUUUUGUUAACUGUUUCACUUGCUUUUUUCAGUUGUCAAGGCGUUGGUCGCGAUGUUGUCAAUUAAACUUCCUUUUAAAACUAUUUGAUCCAUAAUUAUUACAAUAUCUUGUUUACUCGUCGUAGGUAUAAGUCGUAUAAUGUUUAGGUUUUAACCACAACUAAAAUGUGUUUAAGUCUACUGUCAGAAAUUUGAGAAAUUUAUGCUUAUGAUUAUUCAGAUUACCUAUGACUUAAAAAUAGCAGCUGUAACAUGUAGAAUAUUAAUAAUCAAUAAUCUCUUUUUAAAUAUAGAAAUGACAAAAUUGAGGUUAUAUAAUAUAUCAUUUAUCAAUAUCUAAAUCCAACAUAACAUGGAACUGAUAUCUAAAGUUUUUCAUCGCUGGCAGUAGGAUUACCAAUUAUUAAUAGGGGAUUGAAAUAUUUUAUAUACAAGCUUCACAUCGACUUAGUUACCGUUCCGUGCGGCGCGGCAUGUCUUCGACAAUCGACAAACGCGAGCGUGUAUACUUAUCGAAUAUUUUAUCAGUUAAUGGUGAAUAUUGUGUACUUACCGUUUAGUCAUAAGACACGUGUGUCUUUAGUGCAGUGAUGAUUUAAAGCACCGCGGGCAUCGAGUGUUUGAUGCUAGUGACAUUAAUUGAAAUAAUAGAUUAUAUUAAUAACGCUAAGUUGGCAGAAUCUACGCAUUAUACGACUAACCGAAAUAUCAGAUUAUCAUGGUAUGUGAUUUCCACACACUAGUCUUAAACAUAUUUUGAAUAUUGGAUUAAAAUAAUGUCUAAAUAUAUAUUUAUAUGGUUUAAAUAGUACUCAAUACAAUUGCACACAUGGUAAAUGUCAAAAUGUUGAACGUUUAUAAUGGUUGUUUUUGCAUAAAAGUGUCGUGAUCAAUAAUUGUAAAUUGGUCAAAGAUAUCAGUUUUUAGGAAACUCACUGAACAAAUGUCAAAACAACCACUAUAUGAAGUGCUUUUAAACUUUUAUCAUCGCGGAACUUUGACUUUGAACAAUGUGUCAAGAGUUUCUCGCCGCCUCCGCAGUUCCGCCAUGACCGCGAUUCAUGCAAUUGUCAUAAUAAUAACUAUAGAUAUAUGAAGUACGUGUAGUUAAAGCGGGGUUUUCACUAUCCCAAUUCUGGGUAUAUUUAUACGAGUGGUUGGAUAGUGUACACUCAGAUUCUGUUCUAAAUACCUUACAUACACCAUAGUCAAGCAUUGUCAAUGAGUUGUGUAAUGUCCCACGUUAGGUUACGGGUGAAACAACUAUUCUGCACAACACUUCACAAGUACACACGGGGAUGUCCGCUCACAAUGUCAACACAUACUCAAUUCAGACUAGAUGCCAAUACACUACAAGUUGCAUUAGAUUGGUUUUUUAACCAAAAUACCUACCUGAUGUGUUGCUUCAAGAUAUAGAAACGGUAGCGGACAUAUAUUUUAUGUGUUCAAAGUACAAAAACUAUUGAGGAAAAGUACUUGAAGAAAAUCGUAAAAUUUUAAUGCACUUUCAAAUGUGAUUAACGGGUUAUUGUUAGUAAUUUUAAUAGAAAUACCUUCUAGAGACAUCCUUUUAAUAGUUUUUUCCAAUUAAUCUGAAAUGGCGCCAUUAGUAACGGCUCGAGUCUACUCGGAUAGUGAAAACCCCGCUUAAUUAUUGUAAUGUUACUUCUGCAGUUUCUACUUCUGUUUUUUGACUAGUGUGUGGUAAUAAUUUUUGAAUAUCAAGGAGACUUGUACUUAUUUUUUUUAAUUGUUAACAAUAUCACGUAUAUCAUUCGAUGUCCAUCAUUUGUAUUUCAAUAAAUUAAUUCGUACGUAGA